AUGAAACAUCACAGCAAUGGAGCCGAAAACUCAAGAACUAAGUCCGAUCUAAUAGAAAAAGAAGAAGGAAGUGUUUCACAAAUUUACGAAACCUUUGGAAGAUUUACGAAACCUUUGGAAGAUUUACGAAACCUUUUGGAAGAUCCAGCAUGGUGUGUGUGUGUUGCAGGCCCACCGCGGCUGCCGGUGUGGGGCAGCUACUGGCUGCUCCUGCUGCAGGACGCGUGCUGGCUGUACCGCUCCGCGUGGGCCAUGGCCGACCGCUACGCCUCCAAGGUGAUCGGCUUCUACCUGGGCGCCUUCCCCACCGUGGUGGUGCACGGGCCGGAGCUCACGCGCGAGAUGUUCAACCGAGCGGAGUUCGCCGGCCGCCCCGACACCGUGCUCACCCGCGUGCGCGCCUUCGGCAAGCGGAGGGGGCUGUUCUUCACGGACGGGGCGUUCUGGGCGGAGCAGCGCCGCUUCGCCCUGCGCCACCUGCGCGACUUCGGCUUCGGGCGGCGCAUGGCCUGCGCCGAGGACACGCUGCGCGACGAGGUGGAGGAGCUGCUGGCGCUCGUGCGCGGCGAGUGCGACGACCAGGUCAGUCCCCAUCCUCCUUCACCAGAUAACCAUCACCGACUCCGAAUAUCCGCCACCAUCACAAAAUCUCCUCCAUGA